AUGGAUCACAUAAAGCAGGCAAUUGAAAAUGACCCUUACGGAGCUAUCUUUGGAAGGAGACUUGAGCCAUUGAAGUCUUUUGAGAGAUUCGAUAAGACUUUUACAUCCUUAUGUCGUACGCUGUUUGGGCUCGGUGACAAAUCCUUGGACAAGGCUCAUGCGGAUAUAGCCCAUGGGACGCCGCGUACCAUGACGACCACGGCAAGGUCUAAAAAGACCUCGGACACGCUCAAGAAACCUCAGCCAACCGAGUCAGGUAAGCCAAGAGGCCCAGUCGCGAUUCACACAAAGAAGAAUGUCACGAGAUACGAGUUCGACCCUAUUAGCGGUCGUAUGAUUCCUAAGAAAGCCAAGAAUCCGGAUGUUGCUGAGAAAGGUGAAGGUGGGAGAAGCCCAGUUCUUUCGGCUGCGGACACUACCUCCGCCUUGGAGACUACCGGCUAUAUGUCUCCUCUAAUCCGAGAUCCAGUGGAGUCUGGCUCUCAGGAUGCUUAUAUUCAGGAAAAAUGUAAUGGUGACUUGGCGACAGACGUUGCACCAAUGACGGUCGUGAAAAAUCAAUCGCAGAAGACCCCACCUCGCGCCGAUUCGGAAACGGCUCAGACUGAGUCUACAGAUUAUCUCAAAGCAGCACGAGAGUCAGCCCAACAGGAGAACCUGUCCGAAUUUCCAGAUAGCGACUCGGUCAAGCCAUUCUUAAGACAUGAUGCGCACCAAGGAGCCAUACAAUCGCAAUCACUUUCUGAAGAUCACAUACCUACCCUGGAAAUGGACGGUCCGGUCACCAAUGAUAAGCCCACUUCUUCGAAUUUCGCCAAACUGAACGAGAUUGGAGAGGACUUGGCAAGAUCACAGAACACAUGUCGGAAACAGGAAGAAGAAGAGCUAGAGUCCUUGAGUGCAAGCGAUAUCCGUGCCUCAUAUCUGAGGAAGGAGCCAGAUCUCGAUGCUCGCGCAUCACAAGACUCGAAUGAGUCGAAUGAAAUGUUGAACUCCCAAACCAACACUACUGGCCAAGUUGAUACAAGCAUUGACCCGGGCAAUGAAUGUUUUCAAGAGGCAACUGACCAAGGCCUUUCAUCCACAACAGAGGACUUGGUAGUCUCGGACAAGUUUCAAGAUGUGGCCUCAGAGACAGCAAUUGCCUCGGAUCAACUCGCCUUGAAUGAAGUACAGGGAGCUGUGCCGUCUUCGAACUCACCCAUAACUGUUCCGCACAACCUCUUUGGUCAGGUAAACGCCGAGACUUAUCGCGUGCUCGCAUUUGAUCCCAUCGCUAUUAGUAUAACCGAAGCAGAAACAAGCUCAUCUUUCCAUCCGCCAGAUGAAAUCUCUCACCCCGCCGAGAUACUCAACCGCCUGAACAAUCCUGCAAAGUUCUUACCGUACUUUGAGAAGUUGAAUGACAAUGGGUAUGAGAUUGUCUCUGGUGGUGGGGAUGUUCUCGUCUUCAGAAAGACGCGAAAUUCGUUUGAGCAGAUCGAAGGAGCCAAUGCCGACCCUAAGAAGGGCACAACGCUGUCUUCAUCAACAUUUAAUGACCAGCAGCAGCACGAACAAAACCCUGACAUUGUACUUCAAGGAUCACAAAGCACCACAUCCGGGACCGGGGAAAAGGCCUCGCAAGGAAGUAAGUCUGCGAAAUUCCUCCGCAGAAUGCUUCUUGGUGGCGUGGCUACUGCUGGAACUUGCUACGCGCUAGGCGUUGUCACUGAGUAUUUCCGCACUGGUGGAGAAGACGGGCGUGGAAUCGAUGCCUUUACAGCAUUCGAGUCCGAACGCCGCCGUCGUGAAUGA